CUGAGUUCCUUGGAGACAAUUAUUUUGUGGACAAGAAUCAUGCCUCUCAAAUUUGGAGUGCGUGGCUGCGUGCAAACAGCUGUGAGAACUGCGUGAUGAAGGCAUUACAACCUCCUGGAGCAAUCCGUUUUACCUGAGUAAUUGGAGGGGGAAGUUCAGUGAUAACGCGUAUCUGCCCCACCUUCCCAGCACUCUGCCUUUCUGAGUGUGGACCCUCAACGGAGAGGAAAGAAUGCCUGCUGUACGAGGGAAGACCAAAUCCAAGGCACCGGUGACAUUUGGGGACUUGGCCAUCUACUUCUCGCAGGAAGAGUGGGAAUGGCUGAGCCCCAUUCAGAAGGAUUUGUACAAAGAUGUCAUGUUGGAGAACUACGAGAACCUGGUCUCGCUUGGUCUUUCCUCCCGGAAGCCAAAUGCAAUCACCUUGCUGGAGAAAGGGAAAGUGCCAUGGAUGGUGGAGCCAGCAAGAAGACGUCGGGGCCCUGACCCAAGGGUCAAGCAUGACACCAAGAAGUUACCUCCAAAUCAAUGCAACAAAUCUGGCCAAAGCAUCUGUCAGAAACCAGUUUCUGCACAGCAAAAAGUUCCCCCAGGAAAGAGGGGCUGCCACAAAAAUUCAGUCCUAAUAAAACCCAAGAAAGGAGAUUCAGGGAAGAAAUCUUUUAAAUGUAAUGACUGUGGGAAAACCUUUAGUCGAAGCCUCACUCUUAAACUUCAUCGGAACACUCAUAUCAGAGAGAAGCCUUUUCAAUGCAGUACUUGUAAACUAGCUUUCAGACAGAUCUCAUCCCUUAUUCUUCAUCAGAGAAUUCACAAUGGAAAGAAAAGCCAUGAAUGUGAUAAAUGUGGAGAAAGCUUCAAUAAAAGAACCACCCUUAUUCUACAUAGGAGAACUCAUCAUAGAAAGGAAACCUUGUACUGUGUGAAAGCCUUGAGUCAAUGCUCGUCUCCUAGUACACAAGAGAAAAUCCGCAUUAUUGAGAAUGUCCACCAGUGCAGAAAAUGUGGGAAAGACUUCAGUAGGAUGUCAUCCCUUUUACUUCAUAAGAGGAUUCACAAGGGAAAGAAAAUAUAUAAAUGCAAUGUGUGUGGAAAAGGCUUCAAAAAGAAAUCAGUUUUUGUUAUACAUAAAAGAAUCCAUACUAGAGAGAAAGCCCCUGAAAGUGAGAAAGUCUCAAGUCAGAGGCUACGGCUAAAAAGUCACCAUUUAGAGAAUCCUUAUAAGUGCAAAAAAUGUGGGAAAUUCUUUCAUAGGAUUUCAUCCCUUAUGCUUCAUCAGAGAUUUCAUACUUCAAGCAGACCCUACAAAUGUGAUAAAUGUGGCAAGAUUUUCAAGCGACUUUCAGCCCUUAGUCUGCAUUUAAGAAGUCACAAGAGAAAGAAACACUAUAGUUGUAGUCAGUGUGAUAUGGUCUGCAGUCAGCGUUCAACUCUUACUCGGCAUCAGAAAGUUCAUAAAAAGAAAAAGAAACGAUUUGAAUGUAAGGAAUGUGGUAAGAUGUUUUGUGGGGUUGAAAACCUUAAAGUACAUCAGAAUAUUCAUUCUGAAGAGAAACCUUUCAAAUGUAAUAAAUGCAGCAAAGUUUUCGGCCGCCAGUCAUUUCUUAUUGAACAUCAGAGAAUCCAUACUGGAGAAAAACCCUAUCAGUGUGAGGAAUGUGGGAAAGCCUUCAGUCACCGAAUAUCUCUGACUCGACAUAACAGAAUUCAUACUGAAGAUAGACCCUAUGAGUGUGAUCAGUGUGGGAAGGCCUUUAGCCAGACUGCUCACCUUGCCCAGCAUGAAAGAAUUCACACUGGAGAGAAGCCAUACACAUGUAAAGAAUGUGGAAAGGCCUUUGGUCAGCGCAUAACCCUUAUUCUUCAUGAAAGAAGUCAUACUGGAGAGAAACCCUAUGAAUGUAAUGAGUGUGGGAAGGCAUUUUGCAGUGGCUCAGAUCUUAUCCGACAUCAGAGAAGUCAUUCUUUAGAGAAACCCUACAAAUGCAGUAAAUGUGAGAAGGCAUAUAGUCGGAGCUCAUCCCUGAUUCGACAUCAGAGUACACAUUCUGAAGAAAAAGCCUAAGGUUGUUUUAAAUCUAUAAAAGUGAAGAAUGAGGUUAUCAAAGAAGCAGAAUUAGAGGUAUGGGAAAAGUGUACUGGUGUGUAGCAUAAAUUGUGGAUAUAUAUGACAAUCUGAUGAUGUGCCACACUUAGAAAGCCAAUGAGCAAAAGUCACUGGUGAUUUUUUUUCAUCUCAGGAUUUGAAAUUAACUUAGAUGAACUCAGAAGAUUGAAUUGGUCAUGAUAUUUCAAUGGUCACACACAGCAAAGUAGAAUUGUGAAGUCCAUUUUUGUGGAUAGGGCUUUGAGCCUGACUUAAGGUCUCAUGAAGAGAGCUUGAAUCUGUUCUUCAUAACAAGAAUUACCAAAUAUAAGGAACUUCCUGGCAAAACAGGGUGCCUCUUUCAGGUGACCGAAACUUGUGGAUGAGAAAAAAGAAGAGGGAGUCAUUAGGAAGAUAAAGAUAUCACUUAUAAUGAUGUAAAGCAAUAGAGAUUUUACCAUGUUAUCUCCAUGGAUAUGAGGAUAUAUCAUCUUCAUGGUGUGGACAUCUAACAUGGCUAAAACAGGCUAUCAGGAAAAGAAUCAGGAUAUAUUGAAGAAUGAGAAACAUGAGAGUCAGGAUAAAUUGCUUUAUUUGAAAAUAAAUUGUCUAUAUUUAUAUAAGUAAACAUUGGUUUUUUCGUGUAAUAAUACUGGUGUGCAAUAUGUGAUUGGUGUAAUGAGUUGUUAUAGACUGAAUGUUUAUGUACCCCCAAAAUGCUUUAUGUUGAAGCCCUAACCCCAAUGUGAUGUUAUUUGGAA